AUGGCUGUCUGGUGGUUUGUCGUUUGCAUUUGCCUGUUCUUUCCAUUUUGUCCUUGCGUUCUCCCAGCGUACCGAUGGCUAGUGGCCUCGUCGUGGAGCUUCACAAUCAUUCUUCUUGCUCGCAUGCUUUUGUUUUGGUCGGACGAUGUUACAGCUUCUUUCUUUGCAGGAUUCCUUCUCGUUUGCAUCUCCUUCGCUUCGACCAUUGUCGAUUCGCAUAAUUAUUCACACACCUUUUGGUGGGUGGGUGGGCAACAAACAAUCGCGGCAUCGUUUCAAAUUUCCCCUCGUGGUGUUCGUGAUUCUAACUGA